UUCACCGUGGUCUUUUCAGUGUCGCUGUUGUGCGAUUUUCCUCGUAACGGGUCACUUAGUGUAUGGAUUUUUCCGUGGAAUAGUUUGACCAAUCUUGCGAAUCUGCUGUUGCCAGGUUGAGCGUUGCACGUUUGAUAGUUGAUCGUGUCAAUAGUCUACGUCAAGUGCCUUGAAAACGUCGCGAAAAUGGUUCGUCUAAAAUUAUUGUGAUAUUUGUUGUUGUGGCUGCUUGCGGCUCGCGGAAAUUUUCUAGAAAGGACCCCGUCGUGUGUUUGUUGUUUCUUUGCCGGCUUCCAGUGACACGAAAAAUCGAUAAAAAUGACUACUACAGAGAUUUUAGUUUGUCCCGCUGAGUCCAUUUGAUGAUGGUCCACUGAAGUGCUUGCAUUGUGUCUCGUGCUCACGGACGAUACUCGCUUUUUUCACCUUUCAGUUGUUCCGGUUAAAACCAGAUCUUUGAAAUCUACGCACAUUGCGCGACCACUCGCCCGACUGCAAGCCCCGCUUGACUGCUGAACAGUUGGCCGUCGCGACUGAAUUUUGAAGACGUUACCCGCGCGGGAGGUGGUUCGCUGGCUGAUUCUGGGAGAACAGACGAAAAUCCUUGGGAAGCAAGCGAAGACCAGGAACUACUCGUGUCCAACAUAUUUUCCACAAUUCGCCGCUCUGGCCUAAAUGGCAAGUUCCCUCAAUAAGACGAGACACAGGCGCAGAUUGGCUGCGAUCUCGUUUCUAUCGAAUAUUUCUUUGGAUGGCACGCAUCGGGAUACCAAACUCGGAACCACAAUCGGACUGUGCUCCAACUGUCCGCCCCAACAGACCCAAAAUGGCACGAUCGGAGGCUGCGGAACCGAUAAUUGCCUUGAGAUGGCUGAAACGGAUGAUGUUGACGGUAAUUUUAGUGAAAUUGAGAAUAUGGGUCCACACUUGAUAGCGGUGGAUAACCACAAGAAACGGGUCAACAAGAGACCGGUCGGAAAAAGUCCUGACAAACUGUCCGAGAGUUCGGAUUCGGACAGUGCCAAGAUCCCCGUGAAAAUUAGCAGCGGCGGCGGUGGUGGUAUUGGCGGACCGAUACGAGACAGAGCCUCGAGCAAUGUGAGCGAAGCAAUUUGUAUACCAGAGCGUCGUGCACGUCUCAAUACGGCCCCGAUUCGUGGUAGUGUGGGAUCAGCUACUAAACGGCCACAUUUGAUCAAUACGGAUGAUAAAUGGCCUCAUAAUAGUAGUACUGAGAGUUUAACCCCGGGACGCGGUAAAAAUGUACAAAUUACCGAUCCAAAAGAUAUCAAAUUUAUAUCAACAUCGAAUCGUAAAACGCAUCACUUUAAGGAUGAACGGAUAGUGUUGGUAUCGCAGAAGGUUCCAUUCUUCAUAUUUUCCGCAUUGCCCUAUUAUAAAGGAAAGAAUGGAAGAACUGAACUACGAAAGGAAGGUCGACGUCGAAACACGUCUGGUCCACGGCCUCUUUCAUCGAUCAGUGACUCGCCGUUUGAUCCUUUCGAUCUAUUGGGAAUGAAAGGCGAAAAUGGCCAGGAAGUAUCGUAUGGGCAUUUGCUUGUACCAUCAAGACCAACAAGCAAGGAUAAGAAGCACACAAACUCCUUCAACAUAGAAAACAACUUUGAAAUUACAAGCACAACUGCUCUGAAGAAUCAUGGAAUUGCAAGGACAAAAGUUAUAACUUGGCAAAAGGGUAAAAAAUGGUGUUUCACGUACGAUAAUCCCAAUAAUCGCAAUGCGGCCUCAAGCCCAUUAACUGUGGCAAGUGACCCGAAGCAAAUGGAUGCAGAUGACAACGAAAAUCGGCCUUUUCAGUAUUCCGCAAAUAUGUUAGAUGAUCCAGAGUUGAUUGCCGGCAAACAUAGAACCUUGCUCACAUUUACUUCGUAUAUGACUUCGGUUAUUGAUUACGUUCGGCCAUCGGACUUGAAAAAGGAACUUAAUGACAAGUUUAAGGAGAAAUUCCCUAAUAUACAGCUGACCUUGAGUAAAUUGAGGAGUAUCAAACGUGAGAUGCGCCGGAUCAACAAAUUGGAUAGCCGAAUUGAUUUGGUAACAAUCUCCCAGGCGUAUGUUUAUUUCGAGAAACUGAUACUGGCCAACUUGAUAAACAAGAGCAACCGUAAACUUUGUGCUGGAGCUUGCUUACUACUUAGCGCUAAGAUGAAUGAUGUCAAAGGCGAUUUACUUAAAAGUUUGAUUGAGAAAACUGAAGGCGUGUUUCGAUUGAAUCGAAAAGAAUUGAUAUCAACGGAAUUCGCUGUUCUUGUAGCGUUAGAAUUCAAUCUACACGUGCCAAUGCAUGAAAUAUUCCCCCAUUAUCAAAGGCUGAUUUAUGAAUCGUGAAUGAAGUAAAAAUCGAGCAUGACUUUGUGUGUGAAAGUCUGAGCAUGGUAUCACCGAAUAAAGUGAUUAAGCACUUGAACGUUCGCAACAAAACAUGUAAACAAAAGGCAUUCUAUUUAUAACUAAAUUAAAUGAUACCGUAAUAAAGAAUAAAACAACAACAAAAACUUUUUCGAUAGUGAUACACGAAUAUACUUAUAGUGGUGAACUUUUUGUAUUCCUCUCGUAUUUUGUUUAUUCAAAUUUUAUUUGUUUUUUAUUUAAUGUUAGUAGAGUUUUGUAUAAUGUACAUUAGAGAAUUAGAAUCAGAAUAAUGAGAAAGCAAAUCUCUUCUAGACUUAAUAGACAAUAGGAUUCUUAAUCGGUAAAGUUAACAAACGAUAAAUGUUUUUAUAGAGCAUGAUUUAUUGGGAUUAGGGGAAAACUUAAGCGAUUGCUGGUACUUAAUUAUAUAACUGUUACAUAAUCCAAUCAAUAAAUACCUACUUUCGUUACUGCCUUAA